CAGAGGUUCAGGGAGGUGAGGACCUUCGUCUGUGAGGACAACGUCAGGUCAUCUGAGGAAGCACAUCUGGUCAGCUGACACAGACUCCAGGAGUCAAGGACCCCGAGGGAGGAGUUCGUGGGGACAGGCUGCACUGGAGGACAGAGCCCUGUGAAGCCGAGAGCACCCCUAAAAGGAGGCCCGCCCGUGGGUCCCCAUUGGUCGCCUCCUGCCCACGCUCCUGUCAGCUGCCCUGACAGGAGUCGUCAUGCCUUGUGCUCCAAAGCGAUGGUGCUACAUGCUUGAGGAAGGCCUUCAGUCCCAAAGCGAGACGCAGGGCCCAGUGGGUGCACUGCUUCCUGUGGCUGUGGAAGAGGAUACUUCUUCGUCCUCCACCUGCUCCUCCUCUUUCCCCUCCUCUUUCCCCUCCUCCUCCUCUUCCUCUUGCUAUCCUCUCUUGUUGAGCACACCAGAAGAGGUUGAUGAUGUCACUGGGGCCCCGAGUCCUCCCCAGAGCCCUCAGAGUGCCCACCCCUCCCCCACUGCCAUGGCCUCCCCUCCACUGAGCCAGUCUGAAGACGACAGCUCCAGCAGCCGAGGAGAGGAGGGUCCGAGCACCUCGCAGGCCCAGCCAGACACUGCGUCCUUUCCCAGAAAUGUGAUUGAUGGCAAGGUGGCUGAGCUGGUGGAGUUCCUGCUUGUCAAGUUUCACACAAAGGAGCCGACCACAAAGGCGGAGAUGCUGAAUACGGUCCUCAGAGAUUACCAGGACCACUUCCCUGUGAUCUUCAGUGAAGCCUCUGAGUGCAUGCAGCUCGUCUUUGGCGUUGACGUGAAGGAAGUGGACCCCAGCGACCACGCCUAUGUCCUGGUCACCACCCUGGGCCUCACCUACGAUGGGAUGCUGAGCGAUGAGCAGAGCAUGCCCAAGACCGGCCUCCUGGUGAUGCUCCUGGGCGUCAUCCUCCUGCAGGGCGACUGUGCCCCCGAGGAGGACGUCUGGGAAGCACUGAGUGUCAUGGGGGUGCGUGCUGGAAGGGAGCACUUCAUCUAUGGGGAGCCCAGGGAGCUUAUCACUAAAGUUUGGGUGCAAGAGCAGUACGUGGAGUACCGGCAGGUGCCCAACAGCGAUCCUGCUCGCUACGAGUUCCUGUGGGGUCCCAGGGCCCACGCUGAAACCAGCAAGAUGAGUCUCCUGGAGUUUUUGGCCA